CGUGACGCGUCAGGGAAGGAAACGCCGGCGGCCCUGUGGGGAAAGAGGAAGCGAGAGUGCGCUCGGCUCCGCGCCCGCCGCGCCGGGAGGCUGCCCUGUGGGGCCGGGUCACAUGAUGGAAGUUGAACAUUCCCUCAAGAGGUUUUAUGUUUUGGAUUAGUUGUUUGUCCUCUGCUGACCAUUUCUUUGGACUCACUUUUGGUGUUAAAUGCAAAGAGUAUAUACCAUGGACUACAAGGAAAGCUGCCCAAGUGUAAGCAUUCCCAGCUCUGAUGAACACAGAGAGAAAAAGAAGAGAUUUACUGUUUAUAAAGUGCUGGUCUCAGUGGGCAGGAGUGAGUGGUUUGUCUUCAGGAGAUACGCAGAGUUUGAUAAACUUUACAACACUUUAAAGAAACAAUUUCCUGCUAUGGCCCUGAAAAUUCCUGCCAAGAGAAUAUUUGGGGAUAAUUUUGAUCCAGAUUUUAUUAAACAAAGAAGAGCAGGACUGAAUGAAUUCAUUCAGAACUUAGUCAGGCAUCCAGAGCUUUACAACCAUCCAGAUGUCAGAGCAUUCCUUCUAAUGGACAGUCCGAAGCAUCAGUCAGAUCCGUCUGAAGAUGAGGAUGAAAGAAGUACUCAGAAGGGACUACACUCUACCUCACCGAACAUCAACCUGGGACCGUCUGGAAAUCCUCAUGCUAAGCCGACUGACUUUGAUUUUUUAAAAGUUAUUGGGAAAGGCAGCUUUGGCAAGGUUCUUCUUGCAAAACGAAAACUGGAUGGAAAAUUUUAUGCUGUCAAGGUAUUACAGAAAAAAAUAGUUCUCAACAGAAAAGAGCAAAAGCAUAUUAUGGCUGAACGAAAUGUGCUCUUGAAAAAUGUGAAGCAUCCAUUUUUGGUUGGAUUACAUUAUUCCUUCCAAACAACUGAAAAGCUUUAUUUUGUUCUGGAUUUUAUUAAUGGAGGGGAGCUGUUUUUUCACUUACAAAGAGAACGGUCCUUUCCGGAACACAGGGCAAGGUUUUAUGCUGCUGAAAUUGCCAGUGCAUUGGGUUAUUUGCACUCCAUCAAAAUAGUGUACAGAGACUUGAAACCAGAAAAUAUUCUUUUGGAUUCAGUAGGACAUGUUGUCUUAACAGAUUUUGGGCUUUGUAAAGAAGGAAUUGCUAUUUCUGAUACCACCACAACCUUCUGUGGGACACCAGAGUAUCUCGCACCCGAAGUAAUCAGGAAACAGCCAUAUGACAACACUGUAGAUUGGUGGUGCCUGGGCGCUGUCCUUUAUGAAAUGCUGUAUGGAUUGCCUCCUUUUUAUUGCCGAGAUGUUGCUGAAAUGUAUGAUAAUAUUCUUCACAAGCCCCUAAGUUUGAGGCCAGGGGUGAGCCUCACAGCUUGGUCCAUUCUGGAAGAACUCCUAGAAAAAAACAGGCAAAAUCGACUCGGUGCCAAAGAAGACUUUCUUGAAAUUCAGAACCAUCCUUUUUUUGAAUCACUCAGCUGGACUGACCUGGUACAAAAGAAGAUUCCACCACCAUUCAAUCCUAAUGUGGCUGGACCCGAUGAUAUCAGGAACUUCGACACAGCAUUUACAGAAGAAACAGUUCCGUAUUCCGUGUGUGUGUCUUCUGACUAUUCUAUAGUGAACGCCAGCGUCUUGGAGGCAGAUGACGCAUUCGUUGGUUUCUCUUACGCACCUCCUUCGGAAGACCUGUUUUUGUGAACAGUUUGCCAUUCAAAACCAUUGAGCAAAUAUAAGCCUAUGGAUGGGACUGAAACUCCUUGUUGUGUGCAUAUAUUCAAAUAUGUAUAACUAGUGCCUCAUUUUUACAUGUAAUGUUGAAACUAUGAAAAGUGUAUUUUCUGCUGUAUGCAAGAAAAUAGGGCAUUUCAAAGAGCUACGUUUUGAAUUAAAAUUUGUAUUGUUUAUUAAGCUUAUUUUUGAACAGAAAUUUUAAAAACUUUUAUUCUUAGCAUUAACCUAUUUUUAAAGAAAAUUUUUUUGCUAUUGACUGUUUUUUUUCCCUCUGAGUUUACACUAACAUCUACCCAAGGCGGACUGUUUUUCAGCAGUCUGUUUCAGUUCAGUUAACAUACAUUAAUACCUUUAUAACUCUCUGCUAUGAGAACUAUGCAAUGGUACAUGGUUGUUUUAAAGAAACCAUAUCUUUCCAUGAUAAAUCAAUUUGAAAUAACUGAUUGUUGCCAGGAUUAAAGUAUAAAAGCAUAGUUAACACAUCGGCUGCUGGUUACACUGUUCAUUCCCCAGAUCAUUUUAAGAAGUAACAAAAGGAAGUUAGUCAUUUGCUUUGGAAAUACCAAUUCAAAAUUUGUGAAUUAUUUCUCCUCUAGAGGAGAAGAGUGUAGUGGUUAGAAAUUUUAAGUAUUUCCAAAGAUCUGAAAGGUAAUAAAGAACUGCUGAAUUUUUUUUAGGUGGUGCCAAAAAUGAAUGUCUCUAUGUCAUGUAUUUAUAUUGCAAAAUGUAUUCUAUUUAUGUUCUGUUUGAUCUUUUGAAUGUUUAAUAUACUGUUAAGUAAAUCUUGGUAUUUGCUUUUGCAAAUAGCUGUCUCAAAGCUAUUUUCUAAUUAAGUAAGAAGGGGAAAAACAAUACUGAGCUUUCAAGAGUGUUUACCUACUCUGGGUCAUUGUAAAUAAAUAAGGUUUUGCUAUAAUGUAACAAAAGUUAAAAAUAUUUCAGAUGCAUAUUCAAUAUCUUAUGUAUCUUAGACCAAGUAUAGAAACCGACCUUAAAAUCAUAUAUCAACUGAUCUGUGCACUUAAAAUAAUAAGGGAAUAACUACAGAAAAACUAAAAACAAAUGCAAGACUUGAAAUUCUUAGAGGAGAGGAUUUUGAAGUCUUGUGGGAAACAUUGUUAUGAAAGAGUUGAGUGACCCAGUUUAGAUUUGUCAAAAACAAUCAUCCAUUUCAGGUAUUCUCUUGAGAAAGAAAUCGCCAAAGCAUUUCCCACCAAUACCCUUUGGCUUAAAAAGGCUCAGCAGAAUUGGGGGGGAGGGAUGUGCUUUUAUUAGAUUGAUAAUAUUUACAUUCAGUACACUGAAUCUUCCUUAGGAGGUAAGACUUUAAUAUCUGCACUGUAAAUAUUUGGUUUAUUUGACACUACUGUAAGUUCUGCUUUUACACAAAAUUCUAUGGUUAUUAUAAAACAAAAUAAAAACUGUAGUUUCUUCUAUGGUUUUUUUUUUUUUUUUACUUAGCCACUCUGUAGUUGAACUGCCAAAAAUCAAAGUGCAAUAUUGUAUAUUUUUAAGAACCAACUAAAAACGGAAUUUUGAUGUUUUUAGGAUCAUAAGAAAUACAAAUCCAUAAGUCUAAUAAAAUUAGCAGAA